AUGGAGCUCUCAUCCGAUAUAAGAUCUCUACUGCCGAUAUGGCGAAACAGCUCGUUAAGUUCUCAGCAGUCCUCGGGACACCACGACGAUAACUCAACACAGCCUCUACUCGAGAAAGGAGCCUCGAUGGUGCCAACUGAGAUGGGUCUAAGACGGUUAUUCAACAAGAAAGCCCUGCCGCUGACGCUGGCUCUGCCAUGGGUCAUAAGCAUGUUGAUAUCUUGGAUUCCAUUCACUAAGAUCGGCGUCUCCGAGGCGCCAAACUUUCUGCUGCUGGCCGGCAUGAUUAGUACCCUGGAGGGGCUUAGCAUCAUUGCCGUCCUUAUCUGCACCUCUAUGUACCCUGAGUCCUUCAACGCCGAACCUGCCCAAACCGGUCGCCCCACCUCUUGGCAAGAGAAAUUCUUCCAAGCGUGGUUUUGGUUUCUCUUUUCCAGUCCAUUCUGCACGAGUAUUUUAGUCGUAUUAAUGGUCAACGAUAUUUCCUGUGAUAAGGACGACGAUAUGACGAUAAAGCAGCCGGUAUGCAGAGUUGGCAUCAGGUUAAUCAAAGGAACGGCUUUGUCCCGCGCUGGAAUUAUAUUAAUCUUUCUUUUUGCCACCUCAUCAUUGCUCGAAUCGCAACGAUCACGACGUCCUGAAUCUCAACAAAGUCGACGGGGUUCAUCCAAUACAGUUUGGUAG